GCCCGGAGCCCGCAGCCGCGGGCAGCGCCUCGGGGAGCGGCGGCGGCGGGUCGGGGGUCGCGGCGAGCACUGGGCACCCUGACGGCGAGCUGCCCGCGCUGCGCCCCGCGCCGGGGGCUCAGGAUGCGGCCGGGGGGCGCGCUGCCCCCGCUGCUCGCCUGCCUCGGGCUGCUGCUGCUGCUGCGUCUGCUCUGGGGCUCGGCCGAAGCGCCUGCCCGCGCCAGGCUGGCGGCAGAGCAGAGGCGGGAGGGCCCCCGCGCCACCGUGGCCACGCAGAGGACGCUCAGGAGCCCCGCGACCCCGCUGCCGCCGCGCCCCACCAACAGCAGCUCCUCUCUGAAUGAGAAGUCACUCCAGCUGAUGGAAAAAUGCAAAGCCCUGCAACGUGGCUUCCGGACUUUAUCCAACAAGACGAGAAUGUAUUCGGAGAAUGACUAUCUUCAGAUCAUCAUGAAUAUUCAGAGCUGUCCCUGGACACAUCAGGCAGAAGAGCAUGAGAAUUUUAGAGCAAAGCUUGCUUCCUGUUGUGAUGCUGUUCAUAACUUCAUUGUCUCUCAAAGUAACACUCCAGUUGGGACUAACAUGAGUUUCGAGGUGGAAAGUAAAUUUGAAUUCCUAAUUAAACAGAGCAUUUUUGACAUGUUUCCAAAGUCGCAGCCCGUCAUAGACUACCCGUACAAUCAGUGUGCUGUGGUUGGAAACGCGGGGAUUCUGAAUCAGUCUCUCUGCGGCGCAGAAAUUGAUAAGUCGGAUUUCGUGUUUCGGUGCAACCUCCCUCCCAUCACAGGAAGUGUCAGUAAAGAUGUUGGCAGUAAAACCAAUCUUGUGACGAUCAAUCCCAGUAUCAUAAAGCUGAAAUAUGGGAACUUAAAGGAAAAGAGAGAAUUAUUUCUGCAGGACAUUGCCAGCUACGGAGAUGCAUUUCUUCUUCUGCCCGCCUUCUCCUUCAGGGCGAACACCGGUUCCUCUUUUAGAGUGUAUGAAACUGUGAAGUUGUUCAAAGCAAGAUCAAAGGUGGUUUUUUUCCAUCCCAAAUACCUGAAAAACCUUGCCCUUUUCUGGAGAACUAAAGGUGUGAUGGAAUACCGCCUGUCUUCUGGCUUGAUGAUCACCAGCGUGGCCAUAGAACUGUGUGAGAAUGUGAAACUCUAUGGGUUUUGGCCCUUCUCGAAGACUGUGGAGGACAUCCCUGUCAGCCAUCACUACUACGACAACAAUUUACCUAAACGCGGCUUCCACGAGAUGCCCAGAGAAUACAGCCAUAUCCUCCAGCUUCACCUGAAAGGAAUCCUCAAAUUACAAUUUAGCAAGUGUGAGAUUGCCUAAGCCAAGUGUUUUAAGAUAGAAUGACUCUGGUUGCCAUAUCAUCAGUGAAU